AUUCUUAUUCUUGUCGAGUAACUCUUUUAUAUCUUUCACAUCAUCGUGAAAUGGAAGAGACUUUAAUCUAUUAUUUUCAUAGCCCAACUCUUAAACUUAGUAGAUUAUCCUUAAUGGAUAGAAUUUACUCUUUUUCCCUUCGAUCUUAUCCUAAUACUCAAGCUCAUUAUCCGCAAGACAUUCUCCGCGAAU